AUGUCAAAACCCUCAUCGUCAAAAAUUAUUUUUAGAUGUUUUCAUCAAGUUUCAUCCAAAGUCUCCGCAGAUGCAACUCCCAUUUGCAGUGGCAUUUCCAAUUUCUUAAAAGUUAACCCAAAAACUAAUCAAAGUAGCCCUUUUUCGACAUGGAUAUCAAAUUCUCGAAAAACCUAUUUGCCAUCGUCGCCCAAUGUUCCAAGAAUUUUCGAAAAAUUAGACCCAAAUGCCAAAUUAUUGCAGAACAGAAAUUUUCUUGGAUUCAGGUACAUUUCUUUUAAGGGUUAUGAGGUGGGUUCCAAGAAUUUUGCAAAAUAUGUGGUUCAAAACCCUGUGGGGGCGGUUAAGAACGCAUUUUUGCGGUAUAGGGAGGCUGCCGGGUUGCACAUUGAUGCCUUCUGGAAGAGGAAUUAUCUGGCGAUUCUGGGUGCCGGUGGGGUUGUGGUAUGCAUUUUGCUGUGGAGGGUUUUGUUUGGGAUCGCCAGCACUUUUAUUAGCUUGUCUGAAGGCAUGGCGAAGUAUGGGUUCCUUGCUCUUUCAGCCGCUAUGGUUGCAUUUGCUGGCUUGUAUUUUCGUUCAAGAUUCACAAUCAAUCCUGAUAAAGUUUAUAGAAUGGCCAUGAGGAGACUUAAUACGUCGGCUGGAAUCCUUGAGGUUAUGGGUGCUCCUCUAACAGGGACGGAUUUGAGAGCAUAUGUGAUGUCAGGAGGGGGCAUAAACCUCAAGAACUUCCAGCCAAGGUUAAGAGGCAAAAGAUGUUUUCUUAUUUUCCCCAUACAAGGUUCGGAAAGGAAGGGCUUAGUCAGUGUUGAAGUGAAGAAGAAGAAAGGCGAGUAUGAUGUGAAGCUAUUGGCAGUGGAUAUUCCCAUGGCAAGUGGACCUGAUCAGCGAUUGUUCUUGAUCGGGAACGAAGAAGAGUAUAGAAUUGGCGGUGGUCUAAUUUCUGAACUGCGGGAUCCUGUCGUCAAGGCAUUAGCAGCAACUAAGGAGUUUGAAGAUCGUGAUCAAUUGGAGGAUGAAGAGGAUGCUGAAAGGGAACUUCAAGAAGCCGAAAGAAAACACCGUGAAGAAAUUGAAAAGCUUGAAAAAAGCGAUUCACAGUGA